AGUUUCGGGCACCGGGGUCUGCAGCCGGCGGCAAUCGGAGUCAGGCAUCGGUUCAGACUGACAGCAGAGGCGGCGAAGGAGUGCGUAGCGGAGACCAGGGGUGCGGAGCCCGGAGGCGGCGGCGGGUGAGCGCAACUUCGCAAGGCCCUUCCCAGCUCCAACCCCGGCCCAGCAGUUCUCGGAGGGUCCCGGCAGUCGGGGCCAGGGAGUGCCUCUACGGACGAGCGCCCCGGCGGGCGAGAAGAUGAUGAUGAUGUCCCUGAACAGCAAGCAGGCGUUUAGCAUGCCGCACGGCAGCCUGCACGUGGAGCCCAAGUACUCGGCACUGCACAGCACCUCGCCGGGCUCCACGGCUCCCACUGCGCCCUCGGCCAGCUCGCCUAGCAGCUCGAGCAACGCUGGUGGCGGUGGAGGCGGCGGCGGCGGCGGCGGAGGCCGGAGCAGCAGCUCCAGCAGCAGUGGCAGCAGCGGUAGCGGCGGCGGGGGCUCGGAGGCUAUGCGAAGAGCCUGUCUUCCAACCCCACCGAGCAAUAUAUUCGGUGGGCUGGAUGAGAGUCUGCUGGCCCGCGCCGAGGCUCUGGCAGCCGUGGACAUCGUCUCCCAGAGCAAGAGCCACCACCACCAUCCGCCCCACCACAGCCCCUUCAAACCCGACGCCACCUACCACACUAUGAACACCAUCCCGUGCACGUCGGCCGCUUCUUCUUCGUCGGUGCCCAUCUCGCACCCUUCCGCGCUGGCAGGCACGCACCACCACCACCACCAUCACCACCACCACCACCACCAACCGCACCAGGCGCUGGAGGGCGAGCUGUUGGAGCACCUGAGUCCCGGGCUGGCCCUGGGCGCUAUGGCGGGCCCGGACGGCGCUGUGGUGUCCACGCCGGCUCACGCGCCGCACAUGGCCACCAUGAACCCCAUGCACCAAGCAGCGCUCAGCAUGGCCCACGCGCACGGGCUGCCGUCGCACAUGGGCUGCAUGAGCGACGUGGACGCCGACCCGCGGGACCUGGAGGCAUUCGCUGAGCGCUUCAAGCAGCGACGCAUCAAGCUGGGGGUGACCCAGGCAGAUGUGGGCUCCGCGCUGGCCAACCUCAAGAUCCCCGGCGUGGGCUCGCUUAGCCAGAGCACCAUCUGCAGGUUCGAGUCCCUCACACUGUCGCACAAUAACAUGAUCGCGCUCAAACCCAUCCUGCAGGCAUGGCUCGAGGAGGCCGAGAAGUCCCACCGCGAGAAGCUCACCAAGCCUGAGCUCUUCAAUGGCGCGGAGAAGAAGCGCAAGCGCACGUCCAUCGCUGCGCCAGAGAAGCGCUCACUCGAAGCCUACUUUGCCAUUCAGCCUCGGCCCUCCUCUGAAAAGAUCGCCGCCAUCGCGGAGAAGCUGGACCUGAAGAAAAACGUGGUGCGCGUCUGGUUCUGCAAUCAGAGGCAGAAACAGAAAAGAAUGAAAUAUUCCGCCGGCAUUUAGAAGACUCUUGGCCUCUCCAGAGACGCCCCUCUCUUCGUCCCCCCUUUUCUCACCUUCUCUCUCCUGCCUCUUUUCACUUUUGGCGACCAGAAACAAUUCCAGUAAAUGUGAAUCUCGACAAAUCGAGGACUGAAGAGGAAGCGAACAAGCGAACAACUGAGCCCAAGCCGGUGAGAAUGUGAGACAGUUUCUCAAAGGAAAGAAUAACAAAAGAUGGCAUUUGUCUGUUGUAGCAAAGUUGUCCCUUUGAACCCCACCUCGGAUCCUUCAGAGGAAAUGUGGAGAUGGCUGUUUGCAGGAAGGCAGACGAGACAGCCUUUAAAAAGUCCACAAGAAUGAUCAAGUAAGAUUUGUUUUUAUUCUUACAGACAUCACCCCUGUUCAAGUUUAAAAGUACACUUUGCAACUAUUUUUCAGAAAUAGAAAUUGAUUCAGGACUAAAACUUUAAACUAGAGUUGAUGCUUAAUGUGAUAGAGACAUCUCUAAAGUAUUUUGAAUUUUAAAAAAAGAUGGCAGAUUUUCUGCAUUUACACUGUAUAUUAUAUAUAUAUUUUUAUUGUGGUUCUUACCCCCUUUUUCCUUCUCUGAAGUGUUAAUGCUUAAGAAAAGAGUUGCGCCUGCUGUGUCCACUGAUCUUGAAAGCUAUUAUUGGUUAUUGCAGAACAACCCUCUCUGUAAAUUAUUAAUUUAUCUCUCUAACAACUUAAUUUUGUGCACAUUCUAAUUAAUUAAACUUCUUUCGUCUAAAAAAAGUGGGGGAAAUGUAUAGCUAGUAACAUUCAAAAAAUUUUGUUUGAUGAGUUUACCGAAUUUUUACAGCUUUCCUCCUAUACUGUGUUCCUUUUGACCCAUUUGUAUAUUCUCACUUGAAUGAAGAUUGUUUUUUUCUUUGUUUUUACUGGUAGUGUUCUGAUUUGUGAGUAGACACUCAGUAAUGGAUGUCUUAAUCGUGUAGACCUGAUUCACUGUCUGAAGUAUUGUUUACUUCGUUACAUAUUUAAUGGGGAUUCCCACAUUGUCCCCAUGACACAUGAGCGCUCUCACUUACCCUUACACACACACACACACACACACUCACACACACCUCUAACAGAAGGGAAGAAGCAGUUGGAAGCAUGACUGAUGCACCAUUUUCUAGCUUUAGGUGCAUUUGCCACUUGGUGUUUGCCCUUCGCAUUUUAAGAUUUCACCAAGUUAUUUCAGUCUUCCAGUUUUCAAUUGCUUUGUUGGCUACAUGUUAACAUUUAUAGGAAUCCUUCAGUUUUUCCUUUUGGAGGUUUGUUUGUAGAAAAACUAAUUUGAACUAUAAGAAAGACAGUGCACUGCUUGUAAAUUCACAUUGUUUGGAAAAAUUCUUUUGGAACAAAAAAUUAGGUACGUGAUAACUGGUACCUUAUCUACUGUAAAUAUUUCAUUAAAAAUGAUGCACACAUAGAUAUAUUCUUACAAAUUUUGCUGUAUUGCUGUUCCAUUUGAGGUUCUCCAAAGUCUUGAGUUCUGUAUAUGGCCUGGUUUCUUGUUUUUAUUAAUAGAUGGUUUAUUUACUAUGGUAAUGUAUUAAUUUAUUUUUGGUGUUGUUUGAUUGUCUUUCAUUGAAGAGAUCAUUUUAAUGUUUUAUUGGGAACGUAUGCUGCUUUUUCAUUAAAAUAUGUUAUUAAAAUUAAAUGGCUUUUAAAAUGUGAUGUUGUUUUAAUCAUUUAUGUGGGAAGUGUUUUGGUGGGAGACUUUUUAAAAGGAGGAAGCACAUUUUGAUGAUUUAUUAGGGAGUGGUUGUUAUGAAAGUAUAGCUUGGACUUAGUAGGGGCUGUUUCUCUGGUAAAGUAUUAAAGAACAAGGUUUACAACAGCUUUUUAAUAGUGAGAGCUCAUCUCACAGGAUACUUCACUUUCCUGCCCAGAAGAAAUUACGAUAUUUGGCUCCAAAUAUCUCCCUUGGAGUUCUUC